AUGGCGGAUUCAACAUAUAUCAAGCAAGAACCAUACAUCAAGCCCGACCCCGACGCUGUUUCGGCCUCUCCUCUCGAUGAGGACGAUUUGUACGAAGAUGCCGGCGAUCUCGAGUUCUUCGACCCCAACAGCGAGCAGGGUGCCUUUGGCCAAGCAUACUUAGCCCGCGUCCCAAAAGACCUCUGGGAUGCCUGGGACAGUCUACCAGACGAUGCUGAGAUUGAGAUCGGAACAAUGCGACAGUGGGAUGUGGUUCGGCCCGAUGGCGCAGUCGAGCACCGGUUCAAGAUGCUUCUCAACUCGAGCCGACCUGAACAUCAACUCAUGCCGAAGGAAUACGACCUCGAAAUGGGCAAGGAACUUGCGCGCAGCACUUUCGUGUUUUCCGAGGAGGAUCUGCCUGGCUUCAAGGCCAAGUCUAAGGCACGCAACGACGCCGCCAACGCGGGCAUACCAGCACGAUUCCUGCGCCCAAAGAACGAAAAGGUGGAAAAGAAGCCGUUCGAGAAGCGUGGCCGGUGGCAGCCGUAUUAUCGCAAGGCGAUCCCAAGUCCGAUCCAGUAUGAAUUAGCAUGCAAGCCAGUAGACAAUGCCGAAAGCCAGGCAAUCUUGCAGCGGAAGCAGUUGGAAGCCUUGAAGCCCAAACACACUCUCCAAAUCAUGGGACAACGGGCGGCAAACAACGUCAUUCAACACGGUUCUGCCGCUGCUGUCGAGAAGUUCGGCUCCUUCAUUAAAACGACUGCUCCUAUGAAGGCCACGAAGCCGAAGAAAGCAGAAAACCGUUCGGCUCGUAUGUCUGAGGAGCAGCUAUUGGACGGUCUCAUGGAAGCUUUCAGAAAAUACGAGUACUGGAAGAUGUCUAUUCUGAAGGCAAGAUUUGACCAGCCCGAAGCCUUCUUGCGGCAAACUUUGGAGAAGAUUGCGGUUCUCAAUCGGUCCGGCAUACACGCCAAUGAGUGGUCGCUGCAAGAGCAUAUGAAGAGCAUGGCUUCUGGUGCAACUAACGAAACAGCUCCAGAGGAGGCAGCAGCUGACGACGAUGACGAUGAGAUGGUCAUGGAGGAUGUUGUGCCUGGUGCUUGA